AACGCACCGCACUCCACUCACAUAACCUCGCCGACGUAGGUACUAUACGCUGCCUUACCAAACCUUCCCCUCCCCUCCCAUGCAUCGCCAUGCCAUAUCUUACGAGUGCUCGACGGGGAUGCUGCAGACGUCCUUCCGAGUGGAAGUUGCGUCGUUCGCCCUACACCUUCUUAGUCUUAACAAGGAGCUUAAAAGCUCUUAAGGAGGUUUAAUGGUGGGGCUUAUUGCCCAUCCCCCUCCAUAGGUCUCCAUAGGUCCACAUCUCACACAGGUGCAUCCCUCUUGGCAGGUCCAGCUCUCUCUCGCGACUCUCGAUAGGUACUUCGUACAUGGUGCGGUAACUGGAGGACGGUAACUGGAGGCCUGUGUGGACGAGGCGAUACUUUCCGACGGACCAGAUGGCUAUUACGGGCUCAAUGGCGGACCCGAGCUGGUGGCUAUUGCCGUCUUUUGACCUGAGCCACCUUGGAAGACCUGUCGGACCCAGCAGAGGAAGUCUAUGGUGUCUCGAGAAAGUGAGGGGAUGCAUGGCAUCCAUCAUUCGAAAUACAUGGCACGCAUCGGAGCACCAACAGAAAAUCACAAUGCUGCGAGUCUUUUUUUAUCGAGACCACCUCUGCAUCUCUGAUGCAUGCUAUGCCCAUGCCAUGCCUACGUCAGGGAUGCUCGAUCGUCUCAGGGGCAGGGUCUGCUCUCCGAUCAAAUUUGAAUCGCUGCGCUGUCUCAAUGGCCAAUCGACCCAAGUAGACUUUGGCAGCAUACUUUUCCAGCCUGCAAAGCUAACCCCGGUUCAGUACAGUAUUUCCAUUCACCUCCCCGGCCUGCCCGUCGAGGUCUCCCUCUCCCUUGCUUUCCUUGUCACUUGUUACUUCCUAAUCGCCUCAACCGCCAAAAAGGAUCCCGAGCAGAACUUGCUUUUGGCCCGAGACCCUUUCCGUCCUCUUCCAGCACGCAGCAACAGCAGACCGUCAUGGGUCACCGCUUGAUCCAGCGGCGGCACAGGUCUGCCACCAUCCAUCGAGUCGUCCUAUUUCCUGUACAGUAGUACUUCGCGGCCGGAGAACGACGACAUGCGGGCGCUGCAGACCGACUGGCUUCCCUGUC